AUGUACGACGCCAACCCCGCUCUCAAGGGGUUACUGUUCGGGAAAGAUGGGCGUCCCCUGUCAAUCCACUUGUACUCUCAAGCUCUCGAUGAGAAAAAUGCCACAGCUCUCCGUGAUGACAUCCUUGAUCAUGGCGGCAUCGUCUGCCAUGAUAUAGCAGACUCGGAUAUCAUUCUUGUCGACGCUGGCCGCUCGUACGAUCCCAUCUGCACUCAACCCCAUCAGGUCGUGCUAGACGCGAAAUGGAUGAAACUUUGUGUUAUUGCUAAUCCUGUUCUUGGGGCUGAGACGAACUGGGCGAAUCAGAUGGUCAAUCAACACAGGGCGUCCGCAAAUCGUAAAGGGUCUGAAUCGCGGUCGCUCAAGGACGAACUGAACUGGGCCGAUCGGAUGGUUCUUGAACGCUCGACCUGCUCUGGUGACGACACAUCUCGUCGACCAUCACUCACUGUUUCAACAUGUGCCGACAAGGUGACGCUUCCCUCAAUUCAUGCGCUUGGCUUGUUUAGAGACGAUGCCACUCCGCUUUCCUCCUCUACGUACCGGCCAAACUACGUGUACAGAGGAGAAUGGACAUCUAGUAGAGAUAGUCGUUCGCCUCCCGACCAUUUUUCUGCUGGUUUUGGCUCAAGCCGUGCGCACGAUGGUGGACCUUGGGUUAGACCAUAUGACUGGCCGUCAACUCGGCACCUCCGCGAGGACCGAUCAGCUUCCGCCCCUCAAUAUCAAGGAGAGUCUAGAACAUAUGACAGGGAAAGAACCUGCUCGCCGCUUUAUCACCGACCUGACCCAUAUCCCUUGCAACCCCAAACCCAUCCAGGCUAUUUCGAAUAUACUUUCGGCCGAGAUCCCGCCAAUCGUGUUCAAUAUCCCCGCGGAUAUCGCGAGGAUUACAUCUACGGGGAUCGCGCACGUAUAAUCCCUCCGCCGGGCUAUACGCCAGCCUAUCUUGAUCCACUCCGGGAAGACACGACCUUCGAGAAUCCUUUACUGGGCCACCAUGAAAAAGUCUACUAUCCUCCUCGCACUCUUGAGAAUCACGCGUCAGCAUUCCCCUUAUCAUCUAGUUCAAACCCCUCAGUAUCCCCGGACCGAUACAGCUACAACUCUCCGGCGCCGCCAUCCUAUGGGUCAUUGUCAGAUGAACGAACCGAGACGGCCCUCUUAGAGAAGGGCCCGGAUCUACGGGUGGUGCAGUAUGAUCCAAAGAGCGGUGAUCUGCGGGACAGAUCACAAAAGCGACGUGCAUACAGAGGAGGAUAUCCGGACCAAUCCAAGGCCGCUUGUAUGAAGGAACCCACCUACAAGAUGGCGGACGGCCGGAUAUGGACUAUCACAGAUGAAGAGCCACCUCCCGUGCCACAAAUCCGCUCUCGCAAACCAGGUUCCAAGCGCCAUACUAAAUACACAGAAGCAGAGGAUUGGUUCAUUGUGCACUGUGCAGGCUGGAUUUUGAACCGGGAGCCUGAGAUCCAAAUGAACGAUCUUUACGAAAGGAUUCAUGAUCGGCUCCAGAACCACACGCAGCUUGCCUUGUACUUGCGGGUCAACAAGUCUAAGCGAUACUUCAGUAAGCUAGGCAUGCCCGAGAAAGGAAUCGCACGUCGCGUCCAAAGGUCAUCUAAGAGGUACGAGGAUUCGGACUGGGAAGAAGAUACCCCGAUGCCGGAAUUUCGGGGUAUGCAUAUAGCGGACAAGCUAUAA